CCGGCAACAAUAGGAAACGUCAAAACUCGGACAGUCCCCAGCCCUAGCUGCUGCAGCUGGAGGUGGGCUGUUUGGAGGAAUACAGUGCUGUUUCUGGGAUUCUCGCCGCCGUCCCUUCCACUGGCGUGAACAAGUAAAGUUUGAACCAGCUUCUUCAUGGCCUGGGCACCAGUUCCCGGCUGAGCCAUUUUCUUUUUGGCUAAAAGCCCCCGCCAAGAGGCCGAUUCGUCGCGGCGGCGGUGGGGAUCGCAGGUCGCUCAGGCUUGCAGAUGGGUCAGGGGCUGUGGAGAGUGGCCAGAAACCAGCAGCUACAACAGGAAGGCUAUAGUGAACAAGGCUACCUCAGCAGAGAGCAGAGCAGGAGGAUGGCUGCCAGCAGCAUUUCUAACUCCAGUCAUCGUAAACAAGUCCAAGGAGGCAUUGAUAUAUAUCAUCUCUUGAAGGCAAGGAAAUCUAAAGAACAGGAAGGAUUCAUUAAUUUGGAAAUGUUGCCCCCCGAGCUAAGCUUUACCAUCUUGUCCUACCUGAAUGCAACUGACCUCUGCUUAGCUUCAUGUGUUUGGCAGGACCUCGCUAACGAUGAACUUCUGUGGCAAGGGUUGUGUAAAUCCACUUGGGGUCACUGUUCCAUAUACAAUAAGAACCCACCUAUAGGAUUUUCUUUUAGAAAAUUAUACAUGCAGCUGGAUGAAGGCAGCCUCACCUUCAAUGCCAAUCCAGACGAGGGGGUGAACUACUUUAUGUCCAAGGGUAUCCUAGACGAUUCGCCAAAGGAGAUAGCAAAGUUUAUCUUCUGCACAAGAACACUAAAUUGGAAAAAACUGAGAAUCUAUCUUGAUGAAAGGUAAAAAAAAAUUAAGUUUU